UGGCCACACUGUUCGAAUGUCAGAUGGAGGCGACCGCGUGAAACAGCACGUCGUGCACGUUAGUUUUUGCAGCUGAUGUAAAAUAUGGAAAAAGUGAUCCUAAAAUCGACCGCUGAAAAGGGUCGCGGACUGUAUGCCGCCGAGCUCAUCCCGGAGGGUGGAACCAUAUUCGAGGAGCAGCCGCUCGUUUCUUGCCAAUACUCGUGGAAUGCCGCCUACGGGUACUUGGCGUGCGAGUACUGUCUCCGCCCGUUGGAAACAGCCGAACGAAAUGCGCAACGGUUGGCGAACGAUCCGUGCAUUAUGUUGCCGCGGACGGAGUGCUGCCCGGUGGAGGCGAACCUGGCCAACCACACCAAGUGCGAACGAUGUGGCGCCCUGUAUUGCAGCGCCGAUUGUCUGCAGGAAGCGGCGAAUCGAUAUCAUACAGCGGUUUGUUUAGGUUCCGAGGCGCACAACGAGCAGCAUCCGGUGAAUGCUUUGGUGGAGUUCUGGAAGAAAAUGCAUUAUCCACCGGAGACUUGCGGGAUUAUGCUGUUCGUGAAGAUUGUGGGAAUGUUUCGGCAGGCGGCAGAUCCACAGGCGCUUCAAGCGGAACUACAAGAUUUUGUGCACAAAUCGGUGAACGAAGAUUUGCUCAUAUUCCACAAAAUGCUUGGCGAAAAGUUUACCCAGCAGAUUGAGCAACUGUACGAGCUGUUCUGCAAGGCGUUCCAGGUCGAAUCGGACGAGCGUCUUAGCUGGCUAACCCCGGAAGGAUUCAAGAGUCUUGUCGCGCUGGUAGGAACGAACGGCCAGGGUAUAGGUACGAGCUCAUUCGGGGACUGGGUGAAGAACGCCACGGCAUGCGAAAUGAGCGACCAGGAACGACAGGCGGUGGAUCAGCUGAUCGAUGAUUUGUACGCCAAGAUGGACGAUGUCGUCGGUUCGUUUCUGAACAACGAAGGCUCGGCCUUGUACGCUAGACAGAGCAAAAUCAACCACAGCUGUGCACCGAACGCGGAGACUGUGUUUCCCAAGUCGAACCACAUGCUAGCGUUGAGGGCUACGAGGGAUAUACAGCCUGGUGAAGAAAUUUGCAUCUCCUACCUGGACGAGUGCAACCUGCAGAGGUCGCGCCAUUCGCGGCAGAAAACGUUAAAAGAUUACUACCUUUUCAUCUGCCAGUGCGAAAAGUGUGAAAGCCAAAUUAACGAUCCUGACGAAACGUCCGAGGAGGAAGAGGACGAGGACGACGAUGAUAUGGAAGAAUCAGCCUAAGGAAUCGUUAAGCGGUGUCCUGAAAUGGUACCUCAAAUGCAACAAUAUAUUUGCAUCUUCCAAGCAAA